AUGCCUCCAAAAUCGCGUGUUAGACGGGGUGCGACAGGAAACCGGGGAGGUCAUGGUCGUGGUCGUGGUCGUGGCCAUGGUUGUGGGGUGCCACCAGAGGAUGAGGUUAGUCAGCAUGGAGAGAACCCAGGUGGGAAUCCGGGGGCAAGGGUUGGUCGAGGUGCAGGAAUACCUCACGUUCAAACUCAAUUUGCUAGGAAUCUUGUCGCAGCACUUACAGCUGCAAAUCUGUUCAACCAAGCUCCUAGAGAAAAUGCAGACAACCGAGCCUUAUCAGCAAUGCGAGAAUUUAGCUGUAGGAAUCCACCGACGUUUGAUGGGACAAGUAGUGACCCUCUUGUGGCCGACCAUUGGUUAGCACAAAUCCGUAAACUUUUCAAUGCUCUUAAGAUUACCGAAGAUGAUUUACGAGUGAAUAUCGUGGCUGUUCAACUUACCGGGGAAGUCAAUGAGUGGUGGGAAUCUGUCUUAGAAUCUAGGAAAGAUGCGAGGAGAGCGGCAAGGACCGUAGCUCAAGUAAAUGAACCGGAUGUUGAAAACUUGACGUCGGCCGAGUUUGAGACAUUAUUUGAGGAGCAAUACUUUCCAGAGACUAGUCGUGAGCAGUUGAGAGAUCAGUUUGAGAAGUUGGAGCAGGGGAGUAUGACCGUGUCGGAGUACGCUCAAAAGUUUCAGUCUUUAUCUCGAUUUGCGCCAGAGUUGGUAGCGACGGAGGAAAGGAAAUGUAGACGUUUUGAUAAGGGGCUUCAUAAUACCGUGAGGAGAAUGGUAAUGGUGCAACGUAAGACAAAAUACGCCGAGGUUGUUGAGUGUGCGAGAAGUAUCGAGAUACCAAAGGAAUCGCAGAGGAAUAGGGGAGUUUGGGAACCAAGGCAACAAGUUGGGAGUGUGAGUUCGUCGUCGGGAAGCUUUGGGAGUCAAGGACGGAAGAGACAGAGGGAACCAUCUCAGCAACCAUCUAAUCAAUCCAACUUUAGGGUACCUUCUUCUUCAGGGACUCGGGGUGCUUUGUCUAGGCCUCCGUCUGUGUGCUACAAGUGCAAUCAACCUGGACAUAUUCGUGCUCAGUGUCCACAUCUCCAGAAGGCUUGUUAUGGGUCGAUAGUGCAAAGUGAGUCGGGUUCCGUGCAGCAGCCGGGAACGGGGUAUAAUAUUGGCCAACAGUCCAGGGGCACUCAGAGGCAGCAGCAGCCUCAUUUCCGCCAGACUACGUCGGUUCAGAGUUCCGGGGGUGAUAAGGGAGCGAGUUCUUCCGCGCCUACUCAGGGUUCUGGUCAGAUGGGAGGUUUUGUACAAGGUCAGAGUACCAAGGGGCGUGUUUUCAACAUCAACUCGAAUGCUUCACCUUCUGUUUCUCAGGCUCCAGAAGCAUCCAUUGGGGAUAGAACGCCUCUUGAUCGUAUUCGUCGAGAUUGUGAGUUGGUCAUUUGUGACCAUCGUUUUCGUCGAGUUCGUAUUUGUCCUCUUGAGGGUCCUUGUUUCCAAUUCUUUGGGGAACGUCGGGAGCCGUUGGAACCGUAUCUAUGUGGGUUUCGAGAGCGCGAGUCAAUUUAUUCCUUGUUGGCGAGUUUGACGUUAGAUGAAGAUUUGUCGACACGUGGGGAGUUACCCUUAGUAGUUCGCGAAUUUCCCGAUGUUUUUCCUGAAGAGUUACCUGGUUUACCUCCUGAAAGAGAGAUUGAAUUCGUUAUCGAUUUACUACCCGGUACCGCUCCUAUCUCUAUACCUCCGUAUCGUUUCGCGCCAGCCGAAUUGAGAGAGUUAAAGACUCAGUUGCAGGAAUUGGAGAACUUAGGAUUCAUUCGUCCGAGUACGUCACCGUGGGGAGCACCGGCUCUUUUCGCGCAAAAGAAGGAUGGUUCACUCCGCUUGUGUAUCGAUUAUCGUAAGUUAAACCGAGUUACCAUUAAGAAUAAGUAUCCCAUGCCUAGAAUCGAUGAUUUGUUUGAUCAACUUCGGGGUGCGACCUACUUUUCCAAAAUUGAUUUGAGGUCCGGUUACCACCAGUUGAGGGUUCGGAGAGAGGAUAUUCCUAAGACCGCAUUUCGUACUCGCUAUGGUCAUUACGAAUUCGUUGUUAUGCCUUUCGGAUUGACGAACGCUCCAGCUACAUUCAUGGACUUAAUGAAUCGUAUCUUUCGUGCGUACCUUGAUCGUUUUGUGGUUGUAUUCGUCGAUGAUAUUCUUAUCUAUUUGCCAACGGAAGAGGAACACCAAUCGCAUCUCACCAUUGUUCUUGAAAUCUUAAGGGAGCACCAAUUGUACGCCAAGCUUAGUAAGUGUGAGUUUUGGUUUGGCUGGGUACUACCGUCGUUUCGUUCUCGACUUCUCUCGUUUAGCGGCACCAAUGACGAGAUUAACCCGUAA